UUCCGGUAUUACCACCGUGUUUACGUGUUCUAGUAUUAUUCCCUAGGUUACGACAAAAAGUAAUGUCACAGAACGAUGUAUAUUAAAUUAUGGGAAACAGAGAUACAUAAUUAAGAGACAGAUUUCAGGUGUUAAGUAAUUCUAAAUCUCAUUUUAUAAAUCGGUGUGUCCAUGGAUUUAGACUUUGUCGAGGCUUGUGUUUCUCCAAAUUUUCCGAAGAAUUGGAGAAAAGGAAAAGAAUUGGGCUCUGGAGCAUUUGGUAAAGUGUUCCUUGUCAUAGAUGAUGACGAUCCUUCUGAUGAAAAGUUUGUUGUGAAGGAAGUAGAGAUUGAUAAAGUUUAUAAAGACAGAAACCAGGAAAUUAACGAAUUGAAAGCAUUGGUUCAAAUAAAACACAAAGGAAUAACGCCAUUUUACGGAUUUCAUCCUCUCAAAGACACUUUGCUAAUAUUUCUGCAGUAUCGGCAUUUGGGCUCAAUAGCAAAACGCAUUGAAAGAGACGGCUGUUUGCAAGAGGAAAUUGUAAGGAACUACACACGCCAGAUCCUGGAUGCUUUAAACUAUUUACACACUAGGAACCCUCCCAUCAUUCACAGAUAUAUUAAAGGAAGAAAUAUAUUGCUAGUAGAUGAAACCAACAUUGAAAUAACUGACUUUGGCAUCUCGAAGGUUUUAAGUAGCCAGACCAACGCAAGGUCUCAGGUUGGCACAAUAAAUUACAUGGCCCCAGAGAUAGUACUCGGGGAGAAGACAACUCCAUACAGCGUCAAAGCUGAUAUAUGGAGUGUCGGUUGCACAGUUGUUGAAAUGAUAACCAAGUACCCUCCAUUUCAUGGCAUGCGAGAUGAUGAAAUAUUUUCAGCGUUAAAAAAUGCCGAACCAUUGAACUACACUUUACCAAACGAUGCCUCUGGUGACCUGAAAAGUUUUCUUUCAAAAACAUUUCAAACUGAUAUACAACACAGACCAACAGCUCAACAGCUUCUGAGCGAGGAUCAGUUUCUAAAGCUUAAUUAA